AUGAAUAAUCAAAAUCCCUUGCAAGUUUGUCUACCUGCAUCCAACGAGAAAAUCACAAAUAGAAGUGGGAGACCAACAAUGACAAAUAUGAUUAAAUUUGGACCACAACCCAAAUCUAUAAUAAUAGCUCAAAUACUAAACGAAAGGAAAUCUAUAAAGGAUAUUGGUACUAUAGACAAUGUUUCCAACUUAAAUGAUCAAUCAGAAGAUUGUCUUGAAAUUGAAAAUUCGGAAGACAAUAUAAUUACAUGUUCCUUUUGUUCUCAUAGGAGUUAUGGCUCAAAAGAACAUACAAAGCACGUGAUAGAACAUAAACAAUAUACCUGUAACUAUCCCAAUUGUUCUUAUUCUUGCAAAAUAGCUUCAAAUCUUAUUAAACACAAAAGGGUGCAUACUAAUGAAAAGCCUUAUCUUUGCGAGAAAUGUAGUUUUAGAUCAAAUUUUAUUAACUCUCUUAAAGUCCAUAAAAGAACACAUACAGCUGAGAGACCUUAUCAGUGUGCACAUUGCACCUACAAGUGCAACAGUAGUUCAAAUCUGAAAAAACAUUUCAAGCACAGACAUUCUGAUACUAGUUCCUGA